UCCUAAAAUUUUUCCACUCCCUGCCUCCCGUAUCCCCUCCCUCUCCCUCCUCAUCAUGUUGGGCGUUUCCUGGAUGACUGUAAAUCCUUGUUUAAACUAUCAGUAACCUCAAACACUCUGCACUGCAACGUGUCUGCUCCAUCCUGCUCUGAUAUCUGUGCUGCAGCCAUGACUGAGUUGGAGAAAUCCAUGGAGUCUAUGAUUACGGUGUUCCACCAUUACGCCAAGGAAGGAGGCAAUAAGACCACCCUGAGUAAGAAGGAACUUAAGAAACUUAUGGAGGCCGAGUUGCCCAACUUCCUAAAGACCCAGAAAAACCCUGACACUGUGGAACGCAUCAUUAAAGACUUAGACCAGAACAAGGACGAUGAGCUCGACUUUGAAGAAUUUGUUCCUUUCGUCGCUGGACUGACAAUCGCCUGUGAAAAGCAUUAUGCUUUGCACCACGACAAGAAGGGCAAGAAGUGAAGAGCUCACCAACAGACCAAUGACUUGUUUAAGACUACCGAUAUUUUUACUGGUUUGAAUGAAAUAUUAAAAAUAACAUUUGACAA